CGUGAUCAUUCGAGCGAGUCUUCAACACCACGAAGCUCUCAGGCUCGAGAAUGGAACCAUCGAUCGCAAUGAUGGCGGAAACGCCGCGACGAAAAAAUCGCCGGCGGGAUUCCUUUCAUCGUCAUCAGCAUCAGCAUCAGCAUCAGCAGCACCAGUACCACCAUCAGCAAGAAGAACAAGAACCCCGGCACCGCACGGGGCAAAGCCGUCGCUACGACGCCUUUGAUUCGUACUCGAUUUCGUCGUCCUCGAGCGGCGGAACGUCGUCCCCGCCGGGCGAGGUUCCCCCCCGGCGGUCGCCACCGCUUCUCCAGCAGCGACGAGAACGAGAACGAGAAAGAGACCCUCCCCACGGGGGGACCGGCGGCUUUCCCGCCUGCGACCAAGAGAUCGGGGGCCUUUCCCUCCACGGAAGCCCGACCCCCACCACCACGAUGGCAAAGGCGCGUUCCCCGCGCUCCGGCAAGCUGGGCCGGGCCCGGAGGAGGGGCCACCGGUCGAGCGGGACCGCGGGMAGCGGCAACGGGGGCGGGAGCAGCYGCCAGGCCCACUUCAACGCCCACGGCCACAAGAAGCUCUCCGGGAGCGGGGCCAUGCCCCGAUCGGGAUCCCUGACGUCCAUCGGGAGCGACUCGGUCUCGGAGCUCUCGCUCCUCUCGAGRUACACGGCCGGAUCGAAGAGCAGCGGGACCAGCCUCUCGCGGAGGGGGGGCAGCACGAGCAUUGGCAGCAGCAUGAGCAGCAACAGCACGAGCCACAGCAGCAUUAGCAGCAUCGGCAUCGGCAUCGGCGGGACCCACGGACACGGCCACGGGCAGCAUCCCCAGGGGGGGCACUUUUGUUCCUCCGGUUCCCUCUUUGGGCUGACGAACGGGGCGACCUACUCGARCAGCGCGGGGCUCGUUUCCGAAGCGGACCGGGCCCGGGCCGRUUCCUGCGAUGGCGGCUACCACAAGGACCACCACGACUCGCACCCGCAUCCGCCGGCCUCCCUCCCGCCGCUCCCGUCCGUCUGGGUCAUCCUCUCCGAGCUCUGCCUGAUCGGCUCCCUCUGCUUCAAGCACGCCUUUCGCAACAUGCGCAAGCCCUGCCACGAGCUCCGCCGGAGGAUCCUCCGCGGGUUCCUCGGCCUGGCCGGGGUCCUGCUGGUCCUGGUCGCCUGGCUCUCCUACGAUUUCUACGCGGACGUCCAGGACGUCUGCACGCCGCCGCCUUCCGCCCCCGACUCCUUUUCCGCCUUUCUUUCUCCCUCCGGGGCGGGCGAACGCGGAAUCGAAAGCGACCCGCCCCGGCCCCUCGUCGAAUACUACGUGCACGGGAGGGGGACCGGCCACUACGUCCGCAGCGUCGCCAUCGUGGAACAGCUGAACCGGGCCGGGAUCGACGUCCGCAUGUUCCUGACGCGGGCCGCCAUGUGGAGGGCCAUGCACGAGGACGCCCGGAUCGUCGAGAACGACGACGACGACGACGAGGCAAGGAACCGGAGGCCGAGGGGAACCACCACCGCGAUCGCCGUCACCUCGCUCACCCCGGGCAUGGGGGUGCUGGAGUCCCUCUCGCACACGAUGGGCCGGGUGAGCGGGGACUGCGAGGUCUCGGAAGGUUCCGGSCGGUACCCCCAGCUCGUCGUCACCGACGGGGACUUUCCCGGCAUGCUCCGGGCCGAGCUGGGGGGGAUCCCGAGCGUCGCCAUCGCCCACGGCCAGCUCUUCUCCAUCGGCCAGAAGCCGGCCUGGAUCCGGGAAUCGAAGCAGCUGAACACGGCCUGGGACAGGGAGGGCCGGCUCAAUUCCGUGGCCAGCGCCUUCACCGAGUGGCAGAUCGCCACCCACUUUUGCUUUCUCGAGUCCAGGUUCCACAGCGGGACGGUGGCCCGGCCCCCGCUCCGGCCGGAGAUCCUYGGGAUGUCCGAUGCGCGCGGGUGGGCCCGGAAGGGGAAGCUCCCGCCGACGACCGGCGAAGGGUACCCGUACGUCCUCCCGCAGGAGGAACGCAUCCGGUCCCUCCUGCUGCCCCUGCGCGGGACCCCCGGCGGCAGCGACGGCAACCACGACCACGACCAGCACGACCACGCCCAGCACGCCCACAACCGCACGUCGGGAGCAGCGACCAACGAUGCACCGCCCCCGGCGGGCCGCCGCAAGCUGGUGAUUUGUUAUUUCCGGGACCACAACGGGGARAACGUGGURAACACGCUGCUGAGCCUCGGCGUCGACGUGCUGGUCUUUGAUCCGAACUUUGCCCUCGACAUGCCCGGAAAUCCCAAUCGCUACGGGGCCAAGUGGAUCAUCCACGACGACAUCCGGGACCGGGAACGAACCAGGCUGAGCCGGAUGGAAGGUGUGGAAUCCGCAGAUGCCGGCGCAGAUGCCGGCGCAGAUGCCGACACCACGAACGGAUUCCAGGAGCGUCGGAGGGUUUCCGAAAAUGCCGACCUUCCGAAUCCCGACGACGGCUUGAACGCAACCUCCGCCGUCAUCUCCGCAGCGAACGACAUAGCCCGGCAAUUCAAGGUCCRGCAGGGGCACCAAGACGGGCCGAAAGUGAUCCGGGUGACGGACCGGUCCUUGUUUGUUCCGUUGAUGCACGUUGCGGACGGGGUGGCAUCUUCGGCCGGAUCCCAGCUCAUGUCGGAAUGCAUCUAUUCCCGCAUGCCCCUCCUGGCAAUGUACAAGGAAAAGGAUAACGAGCAGCGACUCAAUGUGGAAUUGAGCCAACACGCCGAUGCCCCUUGCCAYCGACCCCUGGUCUACGGGACUUCCUUCGAAGACCUGGAAUCCACGAUCAAAUCGAAUGCCGCUCUGGGUUCGACAAAACAACCAGCGAYCCGCAACACCCAUGGCGGAAGYGCAAAGCGCAUUCCGAUUCCCGAAUCCUUCUAUAGCUUCGUCCGCGAGGUCCGUUCGAGUUCGGUGAGUGAUACAUACUACCGWAAUGCGCACGUGCUGGGUGGCGACAGCGCUUCCCRUYCCGCAGAGAGACCCUCGAAAGCAAAAGGCGAAGAGGGCACUGCCGACCAUCYUCCGGACAAUSUCUUGGAUGAGGAAGAUCCCUUCCAGRGUUUGCCCGAUGCGGCGGCCAUCAUUGUCGAGAUCGUAAAGCAGGUAAUCCAGAAAGGGUGAUUUUAAAAGCUAUGCAUUAAUUAGACGUGUGAAUUAUGAGUAUCCCGCUUGAUUUCGAACUCUUGAGCGUCGUAGCARUCGUCUACUCGAGAUAUACGAGCAACGAGGCAGAAGCGAAACGGCCCAGUCUGGUGUUGUCCAUGUCAUAAAGUUGGACCGAUCGAUAGCCCCGUCGUAGACAAUUCACGGGAAUAGCUGUUUGAGCGAGAAGCUUCCCCUGCUUUGUAUUCUGUUCCACACGGAAAACCAACGAGGCCACGUCGGGGGUUUCUAUGUCRAACUUCUUGCCCGAGUAGUCGUCGAAAAUAGGGCAGAAGCCGUUCUUGUUUUUGCAAGAUAUCUUGUGCUUGGAAACUCUGAGAUUCUCACCGUGAUCCGGACGCACAACGACAUCGUGGAGUUCCAGAACAACGCGUGGGUCGUCGAUGCAGGUGUCCUCGUUGGGAGUAUCUUUGUCGUCGAGAAAUGGCUUGGGUAUGCAGCUUCCCGAUAGAACGCGAAUUCUGAGCUUGAUUGAMGGCGGCUUUUCUCCAAGUCCCAACAACCAUAGCGGCUUGGGCAAAUAACCGAUCCCCCCGAUUUGACGAAAAAGCCCGUCAUUGAUAGCUAAAUCGGUGUCGUGUACUUGGAAAUUAAGCGACGACAUUUGA